AAAAGUUUAUUGGUUUUUCACUGUCAUAGUUUUAUUCUCUGGUAACUGAUUUUUGCAUAUUUCAUUAUCAUAGAUUCAUUCUCUUGAUUUUUGCGCCCUUUGUAGGGAAAUAUGAGAAGUGCUGGUUUUACAAUCGAAGAAAGACAAUCAUUUGAGACAAAUUUUUUAAAUAAAGGUUUUGUGGAUACCUUUAGGAAGCAGCAUCCUGGUGUUGUUGGCUAUACGUACUGGGGUUACAGGCAUGGUGCGCGUAAAACAAACAAAGGAUGGCGGCUGGACUACUUCCUUGUCUCGGAAUCCAUAGCAGACAAGGUUCACGACUCGUAUAUUCUUCCAGAUGUUACUGGUAGUGAUCAUUGCCCUGUUGGUCUCAUUCUCAAGCUCUAGGUUCUCCAGCAUUGCCAGAGCUCACUCCUAGGGCAUCCAUUUGAUUAGUUUUGGGUGAUGGGCAUAAAACAAAGGAUGAAGGGAAUUUUUGAUGGUGGUAUUUACGAAAUUCUGAAGAAAGUAGAUUACCUAAACUCCGUUUUGUUGGCGUGCACAUGCAUGUGGAAGCCUCGACUUCUUUUUGGUAUGAAUUUCGGUUUCUUCACAUUAAUCUCGUAUGAUUAUUGGACAUUUUAGAUCAAGAAAAUAUCAAAGGAACUGUUUGAGUAGGUGGAAAUUUAGAUGCAAUUUCAAAUUAGAAGCUAUGUCCUGGUCUCAUAGUUGUGUCAAUCGGGAAGUGCUGACUGGCAGUUUCAUACUUUUGUCGAACCUUUUGUGUAUAAUGCUACCCCAUUUUCAUUCGCGUAGUUGUGUGUGUGCCUGUGUGUUUGUGUGCGUACGCGAGGUGACAAACACAUGAACUUGUGUGCUCUCAUGAUACAGCUUGUUUUUAUAUACGGAAACCUAUGUUUUCAGGCUG